AGCUAUAUAAACCUGGAUAUACAAUGUUUCGAUGCAGUGUUCAAGGAAUGGAAAGGCUAGAGAGGAUCAGGGAAGAAGGAAGAAGAUGACUUCCAAGAUAGUAGCAGGCAGGACUUCGGUGCUUGUUCUUCUGCUCAUUGUUGUGUCAGCGCUUUUGGUAUGCACAGAAGGAGGAAGGGAGCUAGCGAAUGAAAAGGCUCACAAGGUGCAUCCCGGUGCUGCAUCUGAAAAGGGAGCAAUUGGUUCUAGAGACAUGGUUAAGACAAACGAUUACGGACGCUACGACCCGACUCCGGCAUUUUCCAAGCCUCGCUUUAAGCUUAUACCCAACUGACUGACUGCUAGUUUGCUUCCGUGUAGUCCCGUACCGAGCGACGUUAAACUUAUUAACAAUAAUAUAUAUUACAUAGAUAGAUGACAUAUGUGGAGUGAUGUUAUAUGCUUGUGAAAAGUAUAUAUGGAUCAUGGAUGGAUCCUAGACAUAGUCGUGUGUACUAGAAUAUAGGUAACUUGUGUAAUAUCGAUGGCCUCGGUGCCUCUACUGAAUGUACUCUGCUUGUACUAGUGUAGACAGUUGUCAGUGCUUCGGUUUGGUGAAAUGUUCUGGUGUUGAAUCUUUGAUCCAAAUUUCACAAGGCAUACAAUUAUACAA